AUGUAUAAAGAGCCAAUGCAUGGUACAGUACUAGGAAGUCCCUCCUAUCCUAUCCUAUACCAUCCUGCUUGUCCGAGUCGAGUCGAGGGAGAAGGAAGCAAGUUCCAUCUCGAUGGCUGGCCUGGCCCUGUGUUGUCGGAAGCGGAAAGGUGGGUGGACCCCUUGUUCCCAAGGUGGAAAGGUGACGAGGUUGCUGGGACAUGUCACGCCACCAACGCUUCCGGUGGUCUGAUUCUCUCUGUCCUCCAAAGGGCCCAUCGGCAGCGCCCAGCCAGAACAACAGCUGCAAACUCGAACAAACCCGUCUUGUCGUGCAACCGCCAUUUCUCCGAGAUGGCCGUUUGA